CCUGGCUACAGUGCGUGAAAUGAGCCCCUCUUCACGGAUUUUGUAAACAAUCCCUCUCGAACAGCGAAAAGUGCGGCUCGUAAAUCUGUUUUUUCUGCGGAUAUUUGCAUCGAGACAAGGUCAAGACAAUUAUUGGGCAUGUUGCGCAGACAGCUUAUUUUACGCCGUUAUCUCAUGCCAUAUCGCGCGGUGGCAACAUCGUUACCAUGGAGACAAACCGGCACACUACCGGUGGAUGAGCAACCGCCGACGGAGCAAACGAUGGACGAAUUUACGCGCGAGUUUCUGCAGAAUCGCAUCAAGGUGAGCGAUCUUCAGCGAUUCAUCUUGAGCGCCGGAAGUUCGAUCGCCGCUCUGGUAGACCCACGAAGACAUGAUAUGAUCGCCUGCUUGGGGGAAACUACGGGCCGCGAAGCGUUGGAGCAAAUAAAACGUACAAUGGAGAGCAGCGAAGAAGGAAGAGAGAUUCUGGCAGAAAAACCACGCAUUAACACUCGCACCAUCAACAUGGAACUACUAAAACAGCUUCCGGAAAACUCUUUCGGACAUUCAUAUGUGACGUUCAUGGAAAAGAAUAACAUUACUCCGGAUUCACGGAUGGAAGUACGAUUUCUCGAAGAUCCUGAGCUGGCCUAUAUAAUGACACGCUAUCGGGAAACACACGAUAUGGUUCACGCCAUCCUCGAUAUGCCCACCAACAUGUUGGGUGAGGUCGCGGUCAAAUGGGUAGAAGCAAUCAACACGGGCCUUCCGAUGUGCUACGGAGGUGCAAUUUUCGGUGCCUUUCGAUUACGCCCCAAACAACGGCAAAACUACCUCCAUACGUACUUACCGUGGGCUCUUAGGACAGGAGCACGCAUCAAGCCAUUGAUGACAGUUUUCUGGGAGAAACGAUGGGAACAGGAUGUAACCGAAUUGCGGAAGGAACUUGGAAUUGAAAUAGUACCCGGGAACUGAAAUGAAGUUGAAUUCAGCAGUCAACGUUGAACCAACUCAGGAUUAGUUUUCCUACAUGGUUAAGAGAUGAUAGUCAAUACACCGUAAUAUAUCGCAGCAACCAUUGGACCAAUGGUUUAGAGUAAACUCCAGA